ACGCUAAUGUCCUCUACAGUUUAAAUUCCUGCGAUAUUAAGUAAGGUUUGUCCAAACAGGACACCGUAGUUACGUCAGCGCCAAAAAGGAAACAUGGCGGCUGCCCUGGCAAGGAGAGUGUCGGGGCUGCUGAGGCCACUGUCCGCCUCUCUGGGCGCCAGGACACUGCAGGUGUGCCAGCUCUCCAGCCUCAUCCAGCCCUCACCACUGUCCGGCUCCGUUACGGCCGCUGUCCGCGCUCCUGCGUGGGCUGCAGCGCGUCACACGCCCCGGUACAACGUCCUGCACAGGGCAUGGGCUCUUCUUCCCACUGUGACUCAGCAGCCAAGUAGAAGUCUGACAUACUACAGUGUGAAGAAGGGCAAGAGGAAGUCUGUGAAAUCAGUCACCGAGAGGUUCAUGAGGUUGCACUGUGGCCUCUGGAUCAGGCGCAAGGCUGGAUACAAGAAGAAACUGUGGAAGAAGAAACCUGCCAGACGAAAGCGCCUGAGGGAGCAUGUGUUCUGCAAUAAGACGCAGAGCAAGCUCUUGGAUAAAAUGACCACAUCUUUCUGGAAGAGGAGGAACUGGUUUGUCAAUGACCCAUACCUGAAGUACCACGAUCGUGUCAACCUAUAAUUUUUCAUGUACUUCAUGUACUUGAAUUUUUUUUUUGUUUCAUUAUAAUGUAAUAUACUUAAUAAAGUCCUGUUUACAUGGC